AUGUAUUUAUGACCUUUCCUUUUCACCAUCAUUUAUAAAUAAAUUUAGAACCAUUCUCUCGCGUUUCUCCAUUAAAAAUCUCAACUGCACUUGCAUUCCUACAAAAUCUACCCAGAAGAAUUUCCCCAAAUCAUUCUCAUCUAUUAAUUGAUUAAUUAAUUAAUUAAUUUACUGGUUAAUUAAUUAAUUAAUUAAUAGAACAACCCAUGGACGACGCUGCAGUUACAACCACGUCGUCUUCGUCUUCAACCUUUGGCAAUUACCCUCUCUUUUGCGCCAUCAUUGCUUUCACCCUCGCUCAAUCCAUCAAAUUCUUCACCGUCUGGUAUAAGGAAAGGAAAUGGGAUCCGAAACAAUUGAUUGGAUCUGGUGGAAUGCCGUCUUCUCAUUCAGCUACUGUUACUGCUCUUGCUACAGCGGUUGGAUUUCGUGAAGGAUUUGGUGGACCGCUUUUCGCUACCGCAUUGAUUCUAGCUGUCAUUGUGAUGUAUGAUGCUACUGGUGUAAGAUUGCAAGCGGGACGACAAGCAGAGGUUCUUAACCAAAUUGUUAUUGAACUUCCUGCUGAACAUCCUCUGGCUGACAGCAGACCUCUUCGGGAACUGCUUGGGCAUACUCCGCCUCAGGUUGUUGCCGGUGGUUUACUUGGAAUCGUAACAGCAUCUAUUGGUUUUUUAAUAACACAUAUUUGAUAGUUAAAAUUUGAGGAUUCCUUUGGGCCGUUGUAUAGAAAAUCCAAAGCACCAAGUCUCUAGUGUUGAGCUUUUACAACCGGAAAAGUCAUAUGGGCACAUUCUUUUGAUCUCAGCCUGCAUUCACUUAACCUUCAUAUCAACAUUGGCGAUCGAAAAUUGAACUGUAUUAAUUACACUACUUGAUGUAAUGGAAGUGUCUGUCUUAUGGAAUCAUUAAAUUGCUAGAGCACGUGUUUAUUACAAUUUUUGAUCUCUACAAUGUUUGAGAAAAUUUAUUUAUAUUACUUGUAGUCUGUUACCCUGGAUAUAUGUAGCUCUUUUGAUAUUAAAAACUCUUCUCCUUUCA